ACGAAAAACAGUCAACAUCAUUACUACCAUCUAAGAAUAGUGAGCACUAUGAAGGUGUCAAUAGAGUUGAUCAUUGCCUUUCUGACCAUGAGUGGUAGUGUGUCAGGAGACUGUAAUGCUGGUCAUGGGAAGACCACAUGUAUCACAGAAGACCUACUUCAGAUGUUCAUUAGAGUAAACAGACAAAGUAACAUAAUACCAGGACCGAAACAGAGGACUGCAUUCCUAGCUUUCGUGAAGAAUCAUCCAACUCUGUCCAACAAUGUGAUAAAGUUUGAUGAUGUAGAAACAAAUAUUGGAAACCAUUACAACUCUACCACUGGAGUGUUCACAGCACCUAUAAAUGGCCUUUAUGUCUAGUCCUCUAUGAUUAUGGCAUAUGCAAGUACCACAAUUAAUUAUGAAUGGCGAAAGAAUGAUGCUGUCUUUUCAAACGGAUAUACUGACAAAACACACAGUAGUUCUCAGUCCCAGACAUUCAUCUUUGAACUGAAGAAAGGGGAUCGUAUUUACAUAAAGCACCGAACUUCAAGUGGUGAAAAAGUACACGGAGGGCGCUUUUCUUAUUUCAGUGGUUACCUUUUACAAUAAAAGAAUAAAAACAUG